GCACUGCAGCCGGGCAGGAGUUUUCUUCAGUAGAGUCUGUGCGUCACAGGUCUCCCUCGAGCCAGAGGAUGGCUGUGCUUAAUCAAAAGUUGGUGUUGGAUAUGAUUAAAGAGUUCAGAAGGAAUUGGCACACUCGUUGUAACUCUGAGAGAACUACUGUAUGUGGUGCAGACUCCAUGCUCUUGGCAUUGCAACUUUCCAUGGCAGAGAACAACAAACAGCACAGUGGAGAAUUUACAGUCUCUCUCAGUGAUGUCUUAUUGACUUGGAAAUACUUACUACGUGAGAAAUUGAACUUACCAGUGGAAAGUAUGGAAGUGACUGACCAUUAUGAGGACAUUAGGAGGACUUAUGAAAGUUUCUUAAAGAAUAGUAAUAUGUUAGAUCUGAUCGAUGUUUAUAAAAAAUGGAGUGUUUUGACUUCUAAUUGUGAAAAUAAUGCCAACAUAUCCCCUAGUCAACUAUGGGAUUUUCUGUCUGGCAGACAGCAUGCAGUAGAUGAUGAAACCGAUCUUCAUGCACCGACAUCACCAAUGAGUAAACACAACCAGGAUAAUGAAAAGGAGAAGUUACUAGCAAAGAAAAUUAUCUACUCAUAUUUAAACCUGCUAGUGAAUUCAAAGAAUGACCUGGCUCUGGCUCAUAUUCUCAAUAUUCCUGAUAGAGGACUUGGAAGAGAAGCCUUCACCGAUUUGAAACAUGCUGCUCGAGAGAAACAGAUGUCUAUCUUUUUGGUGGCCACAUCAUUUAUUAGAACAAUAGAACUUGGAGGGAAAGGAUAUGCACCAUCACCAUCUGAUCCUUUAAGGACACAUGUAAAAGGAUUGUCUAACUUUAUUAAUUUCAUUGACAAAUUAGAUGAGAUUCUUGGAGAAAUACCAAAUCCAAGCAUUGCAGGGGGUCGUAUUCUCUCAGUGAUCAAGAUGCAGCUGAUUAAAGGCCAGAACAGCAGGGAUCCUUUUUAUAAAGCAGUAGAGGAGGUUGCUCAGGAUUUGGAUUUGAGGAUUAAAAAUAUUAUCAAUUCUCAAGAAGGAGAUGUAGCUUAUAGUACCACUGACAUCAGUCCUGCACGGCCAAAAUCUUAUGCCAUAAACCAUGACACUGCAUACUGUGGCAGAGAUACCGUGAAAACUUUACUAGUUCUUUUGGAUGAAGAAGCAGCCAGUGCUCCUACCAAAAACAAAGCAGAGCUUUUAUAUGACGAUGAAAACACAAUUCGUCAUAAUGGAACUUCCAUUCUUACACUUUUUAGAUCUCCCACACAAGUGAAUAAUUCAUUGAUGAAACCCCUAAGAGAACGCAUCCAUGAGUCAAUGCAAGAGAAAAAAUUUAAGAUGAAGCAAACCUUAAUUAGAUCCCAGUUUGCUUGUACUUACAAAGAUGACUGGGUGAUAAGCAAGGAUAAAUGGAAUCGUAUUCAUUCAGCAUCAGAGCCUUUGUGUGUUCUUCACAUGGAAAAUGACCUUUCUGAAGGUAUAAAUUCAUCUGUUGGAAGACCAACAAUUGGAACAAGUUCUGGAAAUGUUCAUCUGGACAGAAGUAAAAAUGAAAAAGUAGCAAGAAAAUCAAGUAGUCAGACAGGAAAUAAAAGCUCAAAAAGGAAACAGGUGUAUUUAGAUGAUGAAACUAUUCUCUGUGAUAAUGGAAACGAACUACCUCAACAUAAAAAUGUUAAGAUACCUAAGACAUCAAACGAUUUGCAGAAUAAAUUGGAUGGCAAACUAGCCAGAGUAGCAAAAAGCAACAAGUGUACUGCCAAGGACAAACUGAUUACUGGCCAGACAAAGUUAACUCAGUUUUUUAGACUAUGAGUUUGUC